AUGGAGGCCUCCAAAGUUCCCGUCAAGCUCGUGAAGGUGACCCGUGUCCUCGGCCGAACCGGUUCCCGUGGAGGUGUUACGCAGGUGCGCGUCGAAUUUAUGGACGACCAGACUCGCUCCAUCAUUCGCAAUGUCAAGGGCCCUGUCCGCGAGGAUGACAUUUUGUGCCUGUUGGAAUCCGAGCGAGAAGCACGACGUCUCAGAUAA